AUGGACCUGAUACAAGCUACUGGGCUUUUGAAGACUGUUGUUGGGUUCUCUCAAUGCUACGAAGGUUUAGUCAAGGAAUUUAUUGUUAAUAUUCCUGAGGAUAUUUCUGAUAAGAACAACAAGGAGUUCUGCAAGGUGUAUGUGAGGGGUAGAAAUAAUGAGGGUGCAGGAGAAUUAGAGGUUACAGACAAUCAGGUCUGUAGGGAGAUUACAACUAAGCAGGUGAAAGUUUGGCCUUUUAAAACGCAUCUUCCUGCUAGGAAGUUGACUAUCAAAUAUAUGUUUGAUCAAAUCAUCAAGCAUGUAACUACUAAUGCAAUUAGGCUGCCAAUUGCUUUUCCCUCUAUGAUCUGUGGAAUUAUCUUGAAUCAACAUCCUGGUAUUCUGUGCUCAAAUGAUUUACCUAGUAGGAGAAAACCAGCUCUGUCUGUGCACUACAAACUCUUUGAAGGCAGUCAUGUCGAGGAUAUUGUCAUGACAUCUUCCAUGAGGAGGCCAGCCUCAAAAGUUGGAGCAAUUGCUGAGCUUAAGGAGACAUGCAAAGAGCUAGGUGAAGGGAUUAGGGUAGCCACAACUAGAAAACAAUCUUUGGAAGCCUUAAUUGAAAGCUUGGAGAAGGCUGAGGGUGAAAAUGUUGAACAUGCUAAUGUCAGCCAUGAAGAAGAAGCUGAAGCCCACACCUCUAGUGAGAGGUCUGCUAACAAUGAUGAUGCGAGUGACAAUUCUGCUUCUGGUGCUGCUGAAGAGGCUGCAAACUCAAGCUCUAUUGAGUAG